AUGCCUGGCUUCCUCAACGGAUACACGAUGCUCUUCGUUGACCGGACGGUUCCAGAAACAUACGGCGAACUAGUGUCUUGGGAUGACGAUGAUGCUGCUUUCGAAAACAUGACCAAAGGUGUUGGCAUGCACCCUGGGCAUGGGUUACAGGUUUUGGAGAUACAGCAACGUAUCUGGGCCUUCCUUGUUAAGUGCUGCCGGAUUCUGUUGCAAGACGUUAUUUCGACAGUUGAGUCUGAGGUCCUUCCUAAUCCUGGGCCGCCAGCUAUACAGGACGAAAACGCCAUGUUGCUGGAGAUUGUCUCUCUUGAAGCGCCCUAUCGGCUACCCGCUCACCUCGAGUUCGACCGUUUGAAAGCUAUGGCUUCUGCAGAACGCAAUUUGAGAGAGGACCAUCUAUGGAGUAUGCGUGAAGACCCUGGGUACUUUGGUGAAACGAUGCAAGAACUCUCCGAGCAUCGGCAAGAGAUGCUCUUGGACACUCGGGGUAAGCCGCAUCCUACACUGAAAGAAGCGGGUCGUCCACUGUUCUGGAAUCGAGUCUUGGGUACUGCAUUUGUGCCAGCCUACUUUGGCUCGGCGAUCUUCGAUUAG